ACGGCUGCAGCUGCAGUUUUGACAGCGCGAGAUCUGCGCGCUAGCAGUGCAGGGAGUUUAUAUGUUUAUAUAAAUGAGAUUUAAAGAUAUUUUGCUCCGGUGAUCGCGCUGACAGCACCGCCAUCAACCCGCUGACGGUUCGCGACGCGAUGUUUGACGCGCAGUGGCUGCUGAAACUAAAGGCUGAUGUGUGAUUUGCGCCCCGUUCCUGUCCGCCAACAUGGUAGACAUGGAGAAGCACUACUGUCCCCCGUCCCCAUUGGACGACUCCGUGUUGGACAGUCCCUUGUGCAGGGACUUCAUCGGUGGAAUGGAAGAUUUGCAGGACAUCUCUAAAUCCAUCGAUGAAGACGCACUCAGCAGCUUCGAAGUGACAGAGAACCAUUCGUCAGGUCUGGGCUCGGGAUCGGAGAGCUCCACCGUGUUAGAUGCUCUGACACCAGCGUCGAGCCCGUCGUCAGGCGUGUAUGGUGGCCCAGCGGGACAGGAAGAGUUCACCUCCACCUCACUGAAUCUGGAGUGCAGGGUGUGCUCGGACCGUGCGUCAGGAUACCACUACGGCGUUCACGCUUGUGAAGGAUGCAAGGGUUUCUUCCGUCGGACAAUUCGUCUCAAACUGGAGUACGAUAAGUGUGUACGGCGCUGUAAGAUCCAAAAGAAGAACCGAAACAAGUGCCAAUACUGUCGCUUUCAGAAGUGCCUCUCUGUGGGAAUGUCUCACAACGCCAUCCGCUUUGGGCGAAUGCCACAGUCGGAGAAGCUGAGGUUGAAGGCAGAGUUCCUGACAGGAGAUCGAGAGGUGAAGGACCCGCAGGCGGCCGAUCAGAAAACUCUAGCCAAGCAGAUCUACGAGGCGUAUCUGAAGAACUUCAACAUGAACAAAUCCAAAGCACGAACCAUCCUGACGGGCAAGACCAACACGCCGCCUUUUGUCAUCCACGACAUGGAGACGCUGCAGUUGGCCGAACAGACGUUUGUGGCGAAGAUGGUGGGCACUUCCGGAGGACUGUUGAAUAAAGACGCUGAGGUUCGAAUUUUCCACUGCUGCCAGUGCACGUCAGUGGAGACAGUCACCGAACUGACGGAAUUCGCCAAGUCCGUGCCAGGAUUCUCAAAUCUGGACCUGAAUGACCAGGUAACAUUAUUAAAGUAUGGCGUUCAUGAGGCGUUCUUUGCCAUGUUGGCAUCUUGCAUGAAUAAAGACGGUCUGCUGGUCGCAUACGGUAGCGGUUUCAUCACCAGGGAGUUUCUGAAGAGUUUACGGCGACCGUUUAGUGACAUGAUGGAGCCCAAGUUUCAGUUUGCGAUGAAGUUUAAUUCCCUCGAACUGGAUGAUAGUGAUCUCGCACUGUUUGUCGCUGCCAUCAUCUGUUGUGGAGAUCGGCCAGGGCUGGUGAACGUCCCGCACAUUGAACGGAUGCAGGAGAGCAUCGUUAACAUACUUCAGCAACAUCUUAAGAGCAACCAUCCCGAUAAUGACUUCCUGUUUCCUAAACUCCUACAGAAACUAGUAGACCUACGGCAACUGGUUACGGAGCACGCUCACUUAAUACAGGAAAUCAAGAAUACGGAAGACACAUUGCUGCAUCCCUUGUUGCAAGAAAUUUACAGAGACAUGUACUGAGUCGAGUUUGGCAAUCCGAGGCUCUCGAAUGGAAUGUAGACCAUGAACGGUUCUUUACUCUAGUUGAUUUCUGGAAAAGUAUGGAAAAGGACAUCUUUGGAGAGGGUCGUUGCUCUCCGGUGCCCUCCAAACUGAUCACUUUUAAGGGGCUUCACGUAAAAACCACUAUUCCCAGGAUUUGGUGGGAUUCUGGACAAUACAUGGACUUAAAAGCUCUUCAAACAUUAUUGUUGAGUUAAGCAAAUGGCGGUUUCCGUGUUUGUUGGUUUAAAGAGCAAACCAAGACAAUGCCAAUUGAAACUGGACAUGGUUUUACAAACUUUUUUUUGUUUUGGAGAUUUUUUAAAACUGCUUACUGGCUUGUUUAGGCCUGAAACUGUGAAUAUAAACCAUAAAAUCCACCUGAUUCAUAUAGCAACAUUGUUUUUUGUAUUGACACAUAGUAAAUUUUAAUAGCAAGACCACCCAAGUGACUUUCCUACCGUAACUAGUGAAACGGACCGUUUUGUAAUGCAACAGGAAUUAAAACAAUUUCAAGCUUAACGCUAUCAAGUGUCUGGGUAAACAAAAACAAAGAAAUUGUAUUUACGUUUUUUUCAAAUGGUUUCUAGCACUUGUAUUUGAACAAUUUAUGCAAAUAUUUGCCAUUGUUUUCUUCUACCAUAAACUUGGAAUCCUGUUAUUUGAAUAGCUCUCUAGUAAAUCUCAUACGUUGUAAACCUAACCAGGCAUGACAAGUUUCCAGUGUCAAGUAAAUUUUAUGUCCACACUGAAAGAGGAAAUGCUGCCUGAUACGAUAAAAUCACAGUGAAAUUUAUGCAUGACGUAAUAAAAUCACAGAGAAAAUGCUGCAUGAUGCGUUAAAAUCACAGUAAAAUUUAUGCGUGACAUGAUAAAAUCCUAGUGAAAAUGAUGCGACGCAAUAAAAUUACAGCGGAAAUGCUGCGUGACGCAAUAAAAUUACAGUAAAAAUGAUGCAUGACGCGAUAAAAUCAAAGGGAAAAUGAUGCAUGACGCGAUAAAAUCACAGCGAAAACGAUGCAUGACAUGAUAAAAUCACAGCUAAAACAAUGUAUGAUGUGAUAAAAUCACAGCGAAAAUGAUGAAUGCCAUGAUAAAAUCAAAUUGAAAACGAUGCAUGACGCGAUAAAAUCAAAGCGAAAAUGAUGCAUGCCGUGAUCAAAUCGAAGCGAAAAAGGCUGCGUGACGCGAUAAAAUCAUCAGAAAUUAUGCGAGAUGCGAUAAAAUCACAGCGAUAAUGCUGCGUGAUGCGAUAAAAUCAUCAGAAAUUAUGCGAGAUGCGAAAAAGUCAAAAGAAAUUAUGCGAGAUGCGAUAAAAUCACAGCGAUAAUGCUGCGUGAUGCGAUAAAAUCAUCAGAAAUUAUGCAAGAUGCGAUAAAAUCACAGCGUUUAAUGCUUCGUGACGUGAUAAAAUCAUCAGAAAUGAUACGAGAUGCGAUAAAAUCACAGCGAUAAUGCUAUGUUAUGCGAUAAAAUCACAGCGAUAAUGCUGCGUGAUGCGAUAAAAUCAUCAGAAAUUAUGUGAGAUGCGAUAAAAUCACAGCGAUAAUGCUGCGUGAUGCGAUAAAAUCAUCAGAAAUUAUGUGAGAUGCGAUAAAAUCACAGAGUUAAUGCUAUGUGAUGCAAUAAAAUCAUGCGAGAUGCGAUAAAAUCACAGCGAUAAUGCUGCGUGAUGCGAUAAAAUCAUCAGAAAUUAUGCGAGAUGCGAUAAAAUCACAGCGAUAAUGCUGCGUGACACGAUAAAAUCAUCAGAAACUAUGCUAUAAUUUAUCAGAAAUUAUGUGAGAUGCGAUAAAAUCACAGAUAUAAUGCUGCGUGAUGCGAUAAAAUCAAAGCGGAAGUGCUGUCUGACGUGAUAAAAUUACAGUGGAAGUGCUGCAUGAUGUUAUAAAAUCACAGCGAAAACAAUGCAUGAUGCGAUAAAAAUCUAAGCGAAAAUGCUGCAUGAUGCAAUAAAACCAUAAGAAAUUAUCCGUGAUGUGAUAAAAUCACAGCGAAAAUGCUGCGUGAUGGGAUACAGUCAAAGUGGAAAUGCUGUAUGACGCAAUAAAAUCACCGCAAAAAUGCUGCGUGACGCGAUAAAAUCGUAAACGAUGCGAGAUGCGAUAAAAUCAGCGUAAAUGCUGCAUGAUGUGAAAAAAAUCACAGUUGAAAUGCUGCAUAAUGCGAUAAAACCACAGCAAAAAGUACUAUGUGGAGUGUGAUUUUAGCCAAUGAGAUUUCACCGUAGGCGGGGCUACACAGAACAACGCAACCAAGCGAGCAGCAAAAUAUUGCAUUAUGUUGUAGCUGGUUAUGACAAAAACUCAAAUUAACUUGGAAGAGAGAAUCGAUCGCUUGUUGCUUAAUUGCGUCAUGUCUGGUUAGGACACGUAUUAGCAUCCUGGACAUCUCGACUGUGUUAGCAUAUGCCAGUGCAACUUUCAAACACAAAACACAGUCCCCGCAGUCAACACUACAUAUAGAAGUACACACAGAAAUCUAGCAAUAAAAGGGCUAAAUUAUGCAAAGAAAUAAUGAUGAACCAUAUUAACAAGUUACAGCAUUAGCACUGCAAGUAGUGUCGGCGCUAAGUCUAUUUUUGCUGCACACGCUGAAAUAAACAGCUUCUAUGAAGCCUAUUUCUUAGACAUUUUCUUGUUUAUAAAUCUUAUGAAUUAGACUUCAUUACAAUCAAGUUUGAAAUAGUUCUCGAAAGCCCACACCUGAAACCCACUCGAAAAAUACAGAUUUUCCCUGAAAACCGCAGUGCCUCCUCAUGUCUGCAUAGUGAACUACAUAUCUGCCUUCAACAACGAGGGUUUGUAACGUUGCUUUCAAACGGGUACAUUUUCAAACUGUACUUUCCUUUACAAACCAGACAGAGAAGCUAAUAGUUUACAGUAUGUCAGUGUAGUACCGUUGUUUGUACAUGGAAACUUAACUUGCAGUUAUCUAUGUUAAAAACAAAUGCAAAAGCUCUAGUAUAUAGGCACCCAUAUAUGUACAAGAACAUUUAGUUUUCCAUGGGUCACGAGCUAUCCGUCCCGAACUAUUACGAGUAAUAACAGAUUAUCGUCACUCUUAACUUAAAAAAAAAAAAAUGCUCAAAUCUUUAGCUACCUUCAAUGCAAGAAAAGUCCGAAAAACAUUUGGUCACUACUCUGGGCGUUCACACUGACAAGGAUUAUAGUUUAGAAAAUUUCACUCGUUUUUCUAUUUCAUUUUUUUAUUUAGAUUUUUAGUUUCAGUUUAGUUUUAGUUUUAAUUAUUCGGAAAUAGUUUUUAUUUUUCUUGUAUCUUUCGAAAUUGACGAGUUUUAUUUGAGUUUUUAUUUCGUUUCAGUGUUUUCAUUUUAAUCCCUAACAACACAGCAUUAUAAAUUGUCAAAAUUAGUUUUGCAGACUUUCAUCAGAAAAUGCAACAAGCCAACUGUGGUUGGUUGUUUUACAGGUUAAUCAGAUGGCUGUUUUCGUACUAAAAAAUCGAAGACUUUCUUGAGUUUUCAUUCGUAUCUUAGUGCACAUUUAUAGUGUCAGUUUGGUUUUCGCACUUACGCAAACUCCGUUUUAUUUUUAAGUUAACAAAAAUAUUUUUUCACUGCUAGUUGUCUUUGCAAUACUUUUCACUAACGAUAAUAGCUUUGACAUGCAUUUUAAAUCACUGAAGGUCGCCGUGUCACUGUACUGUUGGUUGCUGGUAGGUACUGUAUCUUCUCGACUAGUUGACGAACUUUGUUUCGCCACUAGUGGUCGCUAUUGCUCAUUUUGCUCAAAUUGCUUACUGUAGUGGAAAAUGAAUGACUUAAAGACGUUUUGUCACUACAAAUCUCACUGUCCGUGUGAACGCCCCUUAAUAUGCAAACGAUGCCAACUUUAUCAGAUCUUGGCCCACAUUUUCUGCAAAGGGGUUUUAAUGCACUUAAACUGUAAAAUGUUUGAUUUUAACUGGAAACGAUAGAGCGUUGUAACUCUGUAAAUAGCGGAUGCUUGCUGUGAUGGUCCAGUGCUGUAACGGCUUAGGUAUUAUGCAUUGCGCAAGAUUAUGACUAUGUUGUUAAUAAAUUGCAUCUUUUAUACUUUAUUAAUAUAUAGAAGGUAUUGUGAAAUUAAUGAGUUGAAUGCAGUGCAAUGAACAGUAAAUAUGGAGAACCAGCAACCCAGUAGCAGCUUGAUUUGUCAUCUUAAGACACUUGCAUGGAAAUUUAUGUAAUAAUAACCACAUUCCUUUUUGAUUCCCGCAGCGUGGAGGACCUGUACAACUCUUAAAUGGAGUGUGUUGAGCUUUCCCUCAAUUUUUAUUUAUCUUUUUAGUUAUUAGCUAGCAAAAGGUAAUAACUUACUCCGCCUCUGAAACAACUUUCAUUUUCGGCUGAUGUCAUCAAGCACUCUUAUUUUUUAAACCCUCCCAUCCAACCACCUGUCAUAUAUAGAGACCACUUUCCACAUCCAAUCAAUUCCUGAUGGAUAAAAUCAAGUACUGUCCUACAUUUUUGACAUUUGUUUGGUGUUUCAGGUCCUCAGUUGAUGUACUGUACAUCAGGUCUCAGGAACAAGAAUGGCGAUACUAAUGUACAUAUUGACAGUGCAGAUUAUCUAUACUGCCAAAUGACACAAGUCAAGCCAAAUAGUUUGUAAAUCCUGCCAGAUUUUCUCUAUAUCUCUCCAUUUUAAUGUGCACUCCGGAGUCGUAACACACUACCGGGACAUUUUUGAAAAUUAGUAAAUGCAGUAAAAUCACGUUUAGUGUGCAUCGUUUAAUUCUUGCGUUCUUGUUAGCUUUGUGUUGUCCAGAAAUUAUUUUCAAAUCAGUUUAUAUGCUUAUGAUAAUGCUCAAUGAUUUAAUUGUUGUUUGAUGUAUAAAUAUGUCUGUUUUAAAAUGAAAUGAAUCCAUCAGAAAGCUU